CCGGCCCGGAAGGAGCUGAUGGGAGCUGGGACAUCGGCAGCCAUAGCGCUUUGCAGUUCGAACUAGACGGGUGUAGGGCGGUCGCCAGGUGAGGAAUUGCGAUCUCUCCAUUCGCAGACUCUAUAAGAUUUGGAUAUGUCCUUCAUAUUUGACUGGAUUUACAGUGGUUUCAGCAGUGUGCUACAGUUUUUAGGAUUAUAUAAGAAAACCGGUAAAUUGGUAUUUCUUGGAUUGGAUAAUGCAGGAAAAACAACAUUGCUACACAUGCUAAAAGAUGACAGGCUUGGACAACAUGUCCCAACGUUACAUCCCACUUCAGAAGAACUAACCAUUGCUGGCAUGACCUUUACAACUUUUGAUUUGGGUGGACAUGUUCAAGCUCGAAGAGUGUGGAAAAACUACCUUCCUGCUAUCAAUGGCAUUGUAUUUCUGGUGGAUUGUGCAGACCAUGAAAGGCUGUUAGAAUCAAAAGAAGAACUUGAUUCACUAAUGACAGAUGAAACCAUUGCUAAUGUGCCUAUACUAAUUCUUGGGAAUAAGAUUGACAGACCUGAAGCCAUCAGUGAAGAGAGGUUACGAGAGAUGUUUGGUUUAUAUGGUCAGACAACAGGAAAGGGCAGUGUAUCUCUGAAAGAACUGAAUGCCCGACCCUUAGAAGUUUUCAUGUGCAGCGUGCUCAAAAGGCAAGGCUACGGAGAAGGUUUCCGUUGGAUGGCACAAUACAUUGAUUAACAACCACCUGCAUCGGUUCCAGGUCUCACCAUUCAGGCCUACUCAGAGAUUUGAUCUACUCAACAUGCAUAACUUGAAUUCAAUAGACUUUUGUUGGUUAGAAAACAUGUUUUUUAGAUUAAUAUUAUAUCAACUUAAUUUGAGUGCAAAUUGAAAACUGAUUGAAGUAAGUUUGAGUAUCACAAUGUUAGCUUUCUAAUUCCAUAAAAAGUUUAUACAGUUUAUAAUCUGACAUUAUCCCCAGCGCCAUUUAUAAAGAACAACUUUCCAGCAGUACAUUUGAAGCACUUUUUAACAACAUGAAGCUACAAAUAUAAACCAUGUUUAAAAGCUCAUCAUGUUAAAUUUUUAUGUACUAUUUUGGAACUAGUUUUUAAAUUUUAGAUUAUAUGUCCACCUGUCAUAAGUGUACAGUUAAUAAUUAGCUUAUUGAUGAUUGCAUGAUGCCUUACAGUUUUCAAUAAUAUUUUUUCUUAUGCAAACGUCAUGCAAUAAAACACACCCUGAUGUUUGGCA